AUGUUUUUUACUUAGAAAAUAGUCAAGUUUGUUAUAUUACCUUACAAAAAUGGUACUCUUAUGAUUAAAAUCAUUAGCACUUCCAAUUAAAUUCAAUUUAUAAAUUGGAGCAAAUAUGGUUGGAAAUACACAAGAACAUGAAGUUUGUAUUAAUAAUAAAUAAAUUGUCAAUAAUCAUUGUUGUGUUGUUUUGAAUGAAGAUGAAAUAGAACUUAUUGUAUUAGAUGGUCCAGUCUUUUAUAAAAAUGCAGAUGGAGAAUUUGAAUAAUUGGCCAAGAAUUCUGUUCUUAGGUACAAUCAUUCGUUAAAUUAGUUUAAAUAUUGAAUCCGCGGAUUUUUUAAUACGAUUAGGUUAAACUAUAGAAGCUAAAGUUUAAGUGCUUGAUGGAACAUAGAAUCCUUCUCAUACAAAAUAAUAACCAUAAAAAGAAAUAUUAAAGGAACCAUAAUAAGAAUCUAAAUAAUUCAAUUUAUAAGAACGACUAUCUACAAUAGAAGUUAAAGUAGUUGAAAGUUUAUAUACAUCACUUUAAAGUGAAUUGCAAUAUUUCAAAUCUAUUCAAGAAUAAGAAUAAAUUAAUAUUGAUUUAAAAUAAGAUGAAGAUAUUAAUUCAGUUUCAUUUAAUUAAUAAUAAGAAAAUAAUAAUAAACAAUAAGAAUAGAUUGAUAAUAUAGAAUAAAUAAAGAAAAAUGAAUCUAAUCAAAGAACAGAUUUAUUUUAAUUUAAUGAUUAUGAAUAAUAAACUGAAAUGUUAUCUCAUGGAACUCCUGAUUUUAAUAAAAAUUCAAACGAUAAGAAAGGAAUUGUAAAUAAAACUAAAUAGAAAAAAAAAUAAUCUACUUUAGAUUAUUUAAUUAUGCCAUAACGAAAAGAUAGAGAAAGUUCUCCAAAAAAGAAAAGUCAUCAUAAAUUAAUGAAAGAAAUAAAAAAAGAAAGUAAUAGAAUGAGUUAAAGGAAGUGUAGUAGAUGGAAAUUUUAUAUAGCUUUUUCAGGAUUUCAUCCAAGUAGAGAAGAAUAAUAGUUUUUAUUAAUUUAAAAUAUUUAAAUUUGUUUAGAAGAUUAUACAUUUAAUAUGUUAAUAAUGGAAGAUAAUGUUUAAUUAAGAUCAAUAAAAUUAUUGAUAGCUUUAGCUAAAGGAAUCCCUAUCAUUUCUAGAGAUUGGUUAACUAGAUCAAUAAAUUAAUAUGAGAUACUUGAUCAUAAUUAAUAUUAAGUUAAAUUUUCUAAUGAAUUUUGCAAAGAAUAUAAUUUUGAUUUUAAGCAAUAUUAAAAAAGACUCUAAAAAUGGUAAGUAUUUAAUUUAAUACUUUAGUAAAGAAGCAAAAAUACUACCUUUAGAAGGUGUGACAAUAUUUGUUCCAAAAAGAAUGAGUUAUCAUAUUGAACAUUUCGAAUUAGAAUUUUUGGUUGAAUCUUUAGGUGGCAAAUUCGUACAUUAAAUACAUGAUGAUGAUGGAGAAGCAUAAAUUUAUAUGUUAAUACCUAAAGAUCAAACAAAAAUUAUAGGAUAUGAUUAAUACUAAUAAAGUCCUAUUGAAUGUCUAUUCAAAAGUGCAUUAAAAUAUAAAAAUCUCCUUUGA